ACAUUAUAUUCGGUGCAUUGCUCUUUUACCUCCAAGGUAUAGCCAUGUUUACAGUAAGCAUUCUAAAAAAUAAAGACUUAUCGAUUGUGAAAAGCCACAUGAUGGACGAAGAGUUAUUUUCACACUAAUGUAUAACAACCUUCAAGUUUGCAAAUAAAGACACUACCUGAAACGACCAGGCAGACAUGAUUUUGUUGAAUUCCCACCAUAAUGCAGUAGAGUGGCUCUGAAUGCCUCGUCAAUAGCACUGAGAACAAUGCCAUGCUCAUCUCCAAUAUCGCCAAACCGUGAUUCAAUUUGUUCUGUAGGAAAACUCACGAUUUGUAUGAAACGAUUUUAUAGUCCCACCCCAAACUCAACCUCAGUCCCUCCAAAUGUCCGCCAUGGGCACCUAGAGGCGGUGGAGUGUGCUACCAUAGUGGAACAAAGCAAAACACCUGCAAUUGCCAAUGGAAUAUUUAGGUCCACUGUGCAAAAUAGGCCACUGUUCUGUUCAUUGUUGCAAUCAAUUCACUGUUGUAUAGCUUCAAGCCGUCUCUACCUUUCACGAUCCUGUUGGGCAGCAGCAAUACACCUCCAACCUGCGCAUGAACUGAUCUCAUUGCCACAUGCCCUCGGUGGAUGUCCUCUUGCAUGCGUUCCCACGGUAGAAUAGCAGACACUAAGUAUAAUGCACUUGAUAUUUUCUAGCAUUUAUUUACUGAACUUUUUGCGAGUAAAUGUUAUGUUGAAUGUAUACACAAUACUGGUUCUUAAUGUCUCAUUAUUCUUUGAACAGUACAUUUUAAAAACACUUUGCAGUGUAAUUUUAUACAUAAAGGCUGUCUUUGUCAGGAGAAAGUUUUAAAUUAAAAUAAUAAAUAACCUGAUAUGAUUUUUUUACAAUUUUUAUCUACAAUCAGACACUAACUACUCCCAAAAAUUUUUUUUCCACAAAAAAAUGGUUGACGACUUGAUUCAACUUCUUAGAUUUAAAGAUAUACCCAUCGGAAACCGCUCAAUUUAAAUAUACCGUUUUUUAUUAGAAAGAAUACAAAUUUAUUAAGUUAAUGCUCUUGGAGGGGAAGCUCCUACAUUUUUCCUUUUUCGAAUUAUUCAAAUUUGAACACCAUAAAAUGCGUAUUUUUUUCGUUCAAAACCGCUUCAAUUGCAUUUGCUGAUUAACGCUCUAUAUAACGAAAAAACCCACAAUGUUAUAUUUUUUAUGCUUUCUGAAUGACACGCACAAACAUAUCUAUGGGGCACAUAAAAUCGGGAUUUCGGGGCCUUAAAAUGAAAAAUCUUGGAUUUCAAAUUUGUUCAUGUUGUGUAUGUCCCAAAAGCUACCGAUGUACCAAAUAUCAGCUUUCUACCUUGUCGAGAAGUAUCCUCGAGGUUUUUGAGACAUACAGAUUAAGGUAUUAAAUUAUAUAGACACUGUUCAAACAACGGUGGCACAAUAAAUAUAAAAUACUUUUUGGAAUUUCUAUUGCAGGGAUCGUAUAUGGGUGACAAUUCCAAUGUCAUACAAAAUACAUGUUGCACCAUCAACGGGUUUACUUCAGAGAAAUACACAUUGCGUUAUGGGAUUAGGGAAUCCAAGUCCAGCUGGAUAUUAUUUUAAAAACACAUGGAAAUCUUCUUACUGCAACAAUGCAUAUUUUAGUUCGCCAUCAUCUGUCAAGAACUGCUUGAAGGGAAAACAAAUAUUUCUCCUCGGUGAUUCAACAAUUGGGCAGUGGUUCAAAUAUCUUAAUCAUUUCACCAAAGGUUUCAAGAUUGUAGAUCGUGACCUACCUGGAAAAGAUGUGCAAAAUAUUGCCGAUGAUGAAUACAACAUUACAUUGAAUUGGUUUUAUCACAACUACCCUUUUAUUGCCACGAGAAUAACCUUCAAAAAAGACUUCAGAUACAUAGCUCAGAGAAUUGAUAACAUCACCGGUGGGAGCGAUACGGUCAUAGCAAUCUCCCUCGGCGCUCAUUUCACACCCUUCCCUCUGCACGUGUUUCAAACGAGAAUGCACAACAUUAAAGCGGCAGUGGAGAAACUCCUGAUUCGGAGCCCUGAAACGAAGGUCAUCGUUAAAUUAUCCAACGUGAGAGAAAACAGCGGAGUGGCGAUCUUUAAUAACUGGAACACAUUUAAGCUUAACCAAGUCCUCUUGGAAGUGUUUAAAACCAUGAAUGUGGCAUUCAUUGAUGCGUGGGACAUGACUGCUGUACUUAACUCUGCUAAAAUUCACCCAAAUGAGCAUAUUAUAAAAAACCAAAUUGAUUCAUUUUUAUCUUUUAUUUGCUAAUCUUAUUUUAACGUCUUGUGUAUCUAACUUGCGAAUUACAAUCAAAGACAAUACGUAAUUUUUUUUGUUAAUACAAUGAUUCUCGCUUUAACUUUUACUGGUUAUGUUUUAAUGUUUAUGUCGGGUCUCAAAAUUCAGAUCUCACCGCAGGAUGCAGUUCUUAUAUUUAAGAUUAUUAUGCAUGAACUUAGGAAGGAACCAUUCAGACUGUGAUAAGCAACUUUAAUAUCUAAAAAAUGGAUGAGCUGAGUCGGCACGACGCUUGUCUUUGAAGGUGCCCGAUUGCGCUCGCAUCUCGUCCGCAGGUCGCCGGGGCCGGCACUCUUGCUCGGCUGUGCCGGUCACGCUCUCUCCCUUGCACCAGGCACGGUUGGUCCUUGUAGACUUGACCUUUGCAGGAGUGUGCUCGGCUUCCGAGUCCGCACGCUCGUGGGUAGUCGUGAGCCGCUGCUGCUGCUGCUGGUCCUGUGCGAUGCUCGCUUGGUUGAUGCUUGGCGCUUUUCCGCCCUUUCUCCAGGUUGAUUGCUUGUCGUUGCUCGUCACUCUUUCUCUCUCUUUCUCUCUUGCUGCAGCUGCUGGUGGGAGCUGGCACUCAAUGUAGAAUAAAACUUUUAGCGAUGUUUCGUCUGUCAGCGCUGAACUCAUACUCGGUGACACAUCGCGACUCUGCAAGCCUCGCCAUCCUUGGUCGAUUGAGGGGCCCACCCCCGGAGCUUGCCGCAGUAAGAAUUCGUAGACUCGUGGCUUCUACCGAUGCAGCUCCCUAUCGAUGUGUCUGUCAUGGGGGCAGAUUCCCAGAGCCUGCCGCUUGCAUAACUGAAUUGUGUGUGUUGUGUCCCUGCUUAUAUCUGAAAUUCUCUCCCCUCGGCUCGCCUUCUCACAAAGGACCGGAAUUCCUUUGAUUUCGCUCUCAGCUUGUGGGGGCAGUUGUUUGUCCGGUGUACGUGUGUAUGUGUGUGUUUAUGUUCUGAUUUAUUAAAGUAACUGUUAAGUCUCAUCAAGGCCUGGUUCCUGUCCCCCUCAUCAAUAUGUGAGGUGAAUAAGGGUGAAACAAAAUAAGUAAUAAUAAAAGCCACUAUUGUAGAGUGCAGUCUAUAAUGUCAAUUUGUUCUUGUUGCUAAGUUUCAAACUUUUACCGAAGUAAAAAAAAAUGCCAGUUGUAAUGUCCGAUUGUCCCUGCUCUGUGUCUGUGUUUUACGGCUCUUGCCCUGUGGAGAUUUCCCAGAUUGUCAUGAACUCCCCCCCCCCCUUCCUUGCCUGGUGUGGCUUGUGAGAGGCAGCUGCUGUUUGAGGGGUGUCGGUUCGUAUCACCCCCUUUGGGCCCCAACCUACAUCCCGAUUGAUUAUUUGUAUAAAUAUUGGCAGAAUUAUUCUUAAUAUCAAUUUUGGAAAAAGGCCUAUAUAUCCAAUAGGGCCCCUCUUAUACUGUCAGCGUGGCCUGGCUCCGCCCCCGGCCACGCCCCCUUCUGGAACCUACUAGCGGGUUCUCGAUGUGCCCCUUGCGUAACCUUUCUCCAACAUGCCUCUCUGGUCUAUCACGUGACCUGCUGUCAGUCAGGGCUGCUGUUAGCUGCAGAUCCCCUUCCCUGCCAGCAGCCUGCGCUAUGCUGCUACGUGACCGAUUCUAUGUCACGACACAUGCAUAACGCACAGGGGCUCACUCACCUCAUAACACUGCACACAAACAACCUGCUUAAUCACCGUCCUUACACCUACUGGCUAUACUUCACCUGUAAAUGAAAUCUCGAGUACAUUUGGUUUUCGUGCCAUUCCUAUAGCGCAAGACUGUCAUGAGAGUGUUGUUGUCUCACAUAGUCUGCAGCUGUUUCGGAGUAAACGUGAGCAUUUUCAUGGUACAUUUUCAAAUUUAGAAGAAAAAAUGGGACCAUGAUGCCAACACACAAUGGCCUAAUUUUUUUUAAUGACGUCAAGCCGUUCUUUAAUGCCCACUGAAUCAGACGGCAACAUAAUUUUACAGUUAAUACGUCUGCAAUUAUAACCAGGACGCCCUCCGGGAUUUCAACCGCGAACCUCUUCAAUAAUUAAUCGGUGAACGUGCCACCGCCUGGACGUUACCUCUCCAGGGGUGUGAAGAUGGUGGAGACGUUAAUCUCCUUGGCAAGGGGGUUUUGGGUGGUUCGUGGAGGUGUGGCUCGAGCAAUGCGUGAUGAUGGCGAUGGGUGGUAAAGUGGUGUGGUUGGACGUACGAUUGACAUCCUCGGAAUGGUGUACGAUCCGACCGAAACGAAGCCAACACAAUUACCCGUGUGUAGGUGUGGUACAGCUGGCACAACGGGUGGUGAAUCAAAGGUGGCGUGUGCAACACAAGGGGCGUUUUACGUUCCGCAGUUCAGCAAGACUGAUUCCGUAAUUGUGGUGCAGCGUGCGUUUCAACGGCAUUUUGGCAUUGAUCCGCCAAUGUCAAAGAGC